UUUUACGGCACUAUACGGCGCGGUAUUAGUAUUAGCGCAGCUGCAACAACAACAACAAGAACAACAAGAAAUCGUCAACUCGAAAAAACGUAAAUGUUUGCUACUUAAAAGAAAGAAACGUUGAUCUAAAGAUUUAAGUUCAAAACUGCAUUUGUAUAAAGCAUGGAUGAGACAUGGACUGGUGCACUACAGUUUGUACCAUUUAACAGUUUUCUCGAUGGUGGCUUUUGGCAUAAGCUGGCGUACAAUAAGCUAAAUGUCUAUGCCCUAGAUGACACAGUAAAAGAUAUCCAGGCUUCUUAUUACAAUGGCGAUCCAUCAGGCAUGCCAUGUAGGAUGAGUUUGGACCAUACAGCAUUUACGGAGAAUGCCAAACCUCCAACUCGUUGUUUAAGAGCUAGAGGUUCCCUAUUCAAUACAAACACAUUGGAUGGUUUUAAAGAAAUUAAUAAAAAGUCCCUGUUAGAUAAGCUUGGUGGUGAGAUUUGGGAAGCUAUCACCUCUGGUAGAGCUCUGGAAGACACUAGCCUUCUCUCACGUUUUCUACUUCUAACAUAUGCUGAUUUAAAGAAGUACCAUUUCUACUAUUGGUUUGCUUUUCCAUGUCUGUGUCCUCCUACAGAUUACAGACUUCUGAAUAAACCACGGAAGUUGUCUGAUGUUUAUGUACAGGCACAGACUACACAACUUAUAGACAAGUACAACACAUUCCAAGCAUCAUUUACAGAGAGUGUUGGCUAUUUUAUAAUAGUUCAAGAUGGUGACACAAUGUGUAUAGACAAACUUUGCAAUACUCAGAAGUACCUUGACAAUAACACAAAGGUUGUGUUUGCUUUCACUGAUCCCUCUACAAUGGAUGAUUAUCCUGGCUGGCCACUGAGAAAUUUUCUGGUACUAAUAUCGUAUCAUUGGGGUUCAAGACUUGAUAACAUUGAUGUUGUGUGUUUCCGUUACCUGAGCAGAUCUGGUGUACAUGAUGUCAAUCAUAGCUUAUUUCUGACUGUAAAAAUGUCAUCAAUGGCUGACAUGUCAGCUUGUCCAAAAUGUGUCGGAUGGGAGAAAAAUGAAAGAGAUAAACUUGGACCAAGACUUGUAAAUUUGAGUUCUUCAAUGGAUCCUGUCAGACUUUCUGAGUCGGCAGUUGACCUCAAUUUGAAGCUGAUGAGAUGGCGUCUGCUACCUAACCUUGACCUAGAAACUGUUGCCAAGACAAAAUGUCUUCUGCUAGGAGCAGGAACAUUGGGAUGUAAUGUUGCAAGGUGCUUACUGGGUUGGGGAGUACGGAACAUAACAUUGGUGGAUAAUGGACGUGUAUCAUAUAGCAAUCCAGUACGACAGACAUUGUUUGUGUUUGAUGAUUGUAAAAAGACUGCAGGAGGCUGUUUGAAAGCUCUAGCUGCAGCUGAAGCUCUGAAGAAAAUCUUUCCUGGUGUGAAUAGUGAAGGAGUGAAUUUAUCAAUACCUAUGCCAGGCCAUACUGUAUCAGAAAGUGCAAUAAAACAAACAAGAGAAGAUGUAGAAAAGCUUGAUUCAUUGAUAUCUUCCCAUGAUGCAGUAUUCCUGUUGCUGGAUACACGAGAAAGUAGAUGGUUGCCAACUGUCAUGGCCGCUGCAAAGAAGAAAAUUGUGAUUUGCUCAGCUCUUGGCUUUGAUACAUUCCUGGUGAUGAGACACGGGUACCAGUCAUAUGAUGAACAAGGAAUCAGUCAACAGAAAGCUCCAUUGUCUAAAAUCAUUCCGGGGAACCAUCUAGGAUGCUAUUUCUGCAAUGAUGUUGUAGCACCAGGAGAUUCUACAAAAGAUCGCACCUUGGAUCAGCAAUGCACUGUUUCUCGUCCUGGAAUGUCAUUUAUAGCAAGUGCUUUAGCUGUAGAAUUGUUAGUUUCUGUAUUACAACAUCCAGAAAGAGGCUGUGCCCCAGGUGAUACUGGUACAGGGGAUGAUUUUCUAGAUGCUGAUAGUUGUUCUCUAGGACUUGUUCCUCAUCAGAUACGAGGAUUUUUGUCAAGAUUUCAGCAGAUAAUGCCUGCUAGUCGGGCAUUUGAUAAAUGUACUGCAUGCUCUAAAAUGGUAGUUGAUCAGUACAAGAGUGAAGGGUUUAAUUUCCUGUUAAAAGCUUUCAAUGAGACCCACUACCUGGAGGAUCUGACUGGGUUGACACAGAUGCACCAGGAGACCGCUGAAGCAGAGGUAUGGGAUUAUGAUGAUGAAGAUGAAUUUUCAAGCAUGGAUUCCUCGUGAUAAAAUAGUAAAUUGAAUUAUGUACUUUAGACAUAAGCUAAUUUUUAUCUGAUACAUGUUUAAGCAAGGAAAACUGUUAUUAUUUGCUUUGCCCCAAGUCUCUGCUGAGAAAUUAGUUAUUACUGCUAGUUGUCUAGGAAAGAUGGAUUUAUGGUUGACAUGUGACCAAAAGAUGUAUAACAAAUAAAAAAUCAGUGUUAGAAACAAGAAAACAAUAUAUGAGAUACUUCAUUGUAAGUUGAAAUACAAAUUCUGAAAUAACAACGUGCUGAGCACACCAGAAAUAUCUUUUGACCAAUCACAUCUUAGGAUAGCUUCACAUUUACAAAUGUAUUUAGAAAUUUUGCUAAAAACCAAAGUUUUAUAUUUAUCUGUAAAAUACAUUAAAGCUGACUGUAACACAGAUGAUAUGUGGAACCUGUCUGCCCUCAAUUUUAAUUGGAUCAAAGUUCUUAGUUAAUUUAUGCCAAUUUGGAAACAGUUAAAAUGACAUAUUUACUUUACUAACUUACAAAAUAGUCUUUUAAUUGUUAAGAACACUUAUUAAAAUGUAUAAAUAUAAGUGUAUUGUAAAGUUUUAAUUAUAUGAAUUUGAUUUUGUGUAUUCUGUGAUAUUAUGUAUAGAAAUGAUUGACAAUAAAUAUAUCUUAAUUA